AUUCACUCACCAUCUCACUCUAAUCCCUACAUUGCAAAAAUCAAUUUCACAGAAGAAGAUUUCAAGCUAACCAAAAAUGGGGAGGAAAAAGGGAGUAGAGUUCGACGAAGGAGCACCCGAUGAUUUCGACCCGAAUAACCCGUACAAGGACCCGGUAGCUUUCUUCGAGAUGAGGGAGCAUUUGGUGAGGGAGAAAUGGAUCGACAUUGAAAAGGCUAAGAUCCUCCGCGAAAAGCUCCGUUGGUGUUACCGUAUUGAAGGUGUGAAUCACCUUCAGAAGUGUCGUCACCUUGUUCAGCAGUACCUUGAUGCUACACGUGGCGUUGGGUGGGGCAAGGACCUUCGUCCCCCCUUUAUGCACGGCCCAAAGGUUGUCGAAGCUGUCGAGUCCGAGUGAGACCCUUUUCUUAGGUUUGUCUUUCCAGUUAAAAGUAUAAACUUCAGAGCUUGUUGGGCUACCAACAGUGCAUCACUGGUGAAUUUGAGUGUAUCACUGUUUCUGUCAUUCGCUGCUCUAAGACCUGUUUUAUAGUUUCCUGUCUUGUGAAAGAUGCCAAUGGUUUGCAUUGGCUUUAACUUCAGCCUUUUGCUCUUUUGGGGGAACAUUUAAUUCAUACUGGAAAUAAAGAAGAAAUGUUCAUGCUCUUUCCUUGUUGGUCUCGGCUUGUACUCCAUACUUGCCAUAAAUGUGAUCAUAUCCAGUUCGUCAUGUUUGUCAGACAGAAUGUGAAACAUUAUGAAUAUUCUAGUUUGAGAAUCUCUUCAAGUGAGACUGUCUUUUCUUCUUC